GCACGAGAAGCAACUUGGCAGUGUGCGCCGUGUUACGCGGGCCUUGCCCAGCGCCUUCAUUCUUUGUCCCCCAGGUUAUAGCUAUCAUUGUAGUCUGAUUACUGAAGCCUGCCUAUGAAACCACCCCACCAUAUGUGCCACAAUCUAAUUGCAUCCUUGUUGGAGACACUACACAUACACCCUGCUUCAGGUAGGAGCAGCCCAUUAGCUUCUGCUUUCAACAGUUAUCUCUACAACACCCAUGAACAUCAGAGUGACUGAAAAGGCAGUGUUGUCAUAAGGCGUGAAAAAUAGUGGAAACAAGUGGAAAAAUCAUUUCUUCAAAAUGAAAGGGGGAUAUAGGG